CCUUAUUACACCCCGUCCUAAACAGGGCUGGAGCUAGAAGGGGCCAUCUAUAUAUAUAUAUAUAUAAACCACUUCUCCAUUGAUAAAAGGCUCAAAAGCUUCAAAUCUGUAUGGAAAUGGCGGUGGGAAAAGAAGAAGAAGCUUCAAUAAUAUCUCCGAGAAAGCUUAGGGAUGAUCUGUAUUUGUAUGCAUAUAAGCAACAAUCGAGCACUCCAUUGGUGAUCUCAGUUAUUGCUUCUCUGAUUGGGAGGACGGUGGCGAGGAACCAGAGAAUUGCCAGGAACUACUUGAGAGGGGCUAUGGUGUCCAAGGAUAAUGUGGGAUUAACUAAGGUUUUUGAGUGCGAUGAGGCGCCGGACAUGACGAUUGAGUCGUACUUGGAGAGGGUUUUCCGGUACACCGGAGCCGGACCGUCGGUUUAUGUUGUCGCCUAUGUUUACCUCGACAGAUUCUGCCACCUCCAUCCUCAGUUCAGAAUUGGUCCCACAAAUGUACAUAGGCUCCUCAUCACUACCAUCAUGGUGGCUUCUAAGUAUGUUGAAGAUAUGAAUUAUAGGAAUUCUUACUUUGCAAGAGUGGGUGGAUUGACAACAAUGGAAAUGAACAAAUUGGAGGUAGAGUUUUUGUUCUUGAUGAGAUUCAAAUUGCAUGUGAAUGUGAGUGUAUUCCAUAGCUACUGCUGCCAUCUUGAGAGAGAAGUGAGCAUUGGAGGAGGCUACCAAAUUGAGAGGACUUUGAGAUGUGCUCAAGAUAUCAAAUCAAAACAAAGAGAGGAUACAACAUUCAGCUUAUUGCUGUAAAAAACAGUGAGAUUUUGGACAAUUUUUAAUGGAGUUAAAUUGUACAUAUAGUUUCCAUUAGAGGCAAAUUACUGUCAGCACCUCUCAGUCAAGCAUGUCGCUUCAAUUUACCUUUCAUGUGUGAUUUGUGAGCUAUAUAUUACACAAGAACAUGGGAUAUAUAUAUCUAGUGCACACCUGGCCUUUAGAUAUUAGAUACGGUUUCCUCAUUUUCUCAAAAAAUGUAUAGAAAUAACAAUUUUGGUUAUAAUUGUGCACUACAUUAUAAAGUACAAUACAUUAUAAGCACUAAUUUGAAUGCUA